UUUGGGGGUACAAAGUUGAAGAGAAAUUAUAUCUGGGGGUACGCGAACAAAAAAGGUUAAAUACCACUGGUCUACAAUGCACCUUACCCACUACACUCAUUCAUAAGGUCAUGCUUAGGUUCUGUACAGAGGCUGGGGAAUACUUUUUCUUUCUCAAAGAAGUUCCCAGAAUUGGGAGCACCCAGGGAUAUUCCAGCAAACGUUCUAAGAAAGUGAGAGAGACACAGGGCAUUACAGUCAUGGCACAAAUUUGCAAUAGGCAAAAAACGGUUAUGCGAUAUCGUAUCACCUGCACACUCACGCCAACACAAUUAAAUUGCGUCUGAAAACGUCACUGGAAGAAAUGAUCACUGCAGACUGCAUAGUUUGCGCGCACUUCAUAUUACGAGAAUCCUCUUGUACUCAGGGUACGUUGGUGUUUUCUCCAUUAAAUAACCUUACAUGGCUGGUAGACGGAGAAGAAUUCAUUAUAUUUAGUCACCGUGAAAGCUUCAGAUCAUACUGCUAGACGCUUCGCUGUGAUUCCUGCCUUAUUCUAUAAUACCUAUACUAUUUUUUUGCCGAUAAAUUGGAGUAUGAUGUGGCAACAGCGUUAAUGGAGAGAGAGAGAGAAACCCACUGCACUAUGCACCUUGCUGGUUCACAGUUAGCGCCUGGCGUAUGAUUUGUGCGCCAGCCAAAACACCGUCCCUCCGAAGUUGCAAGGUGUGCCUACCUGACUGUUGUAGGGAUGACGCUACUACUGCUGCUGCUUCUGGUGGUCUCAUUCAGUGCUACUGGCAACUGGGCACAAGAGAGUCAGGUGUGGAUGUGGGUAUGCCAGGAAGGAAAAUGUGUGAAACAACCACUUGACAGGGACAUGACCCCUCAAGGCCUGCAGGCCUGUAAAUUAGUAUGUGAUACAUACAGUACUCUCUGGCCACGACCCAGGGGCAAAGUAGAGCUGGGACGAAUCCUGGCACCCAUCAACUAUAAUUCCAUCACCAUUACUGGGACUUCAGGAGAUCAUCGGGCACUGAGCAAGAAUGUGGGUCAAUUCUUCAAUAUAGCAGCUGAUACCUUCUCCAAUCAGCUGACUACACUGUUCAAGAAACGAGAACAAAGACCUUCUGAUGGCAAGUCACUUCAAGUGCGAGUCACAAUUCGUGACUCUUACACACGUGCCUUGAAGAUAGGUUCAGAUGAGAGCUAUGAGCUGUACAUUUCUGAAGCAGACACUGAAAUUCAAGCAAGCAUAAUUUCUACCGAGUUUUUUGGAGCCCGCCACGGUUUGGAGACAUUACACCAGUUGAUAACCUUUGAUGAUGUGACAGAUAGCUUGGUUAUCAUGCGUGAUGUGAACAUCACAGACUCACCAGCAUUCCCAUUCCGAUCGCUUGUCCUCGACACAGCUCGAAACUAUUUCUCAGUGGCCUCCAUCAAACGGACUAUUGAUGGCAUGGCAGCCAGUAAACUUAACACGUUCCACUGGCACCUCACUGAUUCGCACAGCUUCCCCUUCCAGUCACAGACAUACCCACAGCUGUCGCUAUAUGGAGCCUACACACCACAACAGAUAUACACACCACAAGAUAUCUUGUCUGUGGUGGAAUAUGCAAGGGCACGAGGCAUACGCGUAGUUCCUGAAUUUGAUGCACCAGCACAUGUUGGUGAAGGCUGGCAGUGGGCUGGGCCUAAUGUCACCGUGUGCGUAAAUGCUCAGCCAUGGAUAAACUACUGUGUGGAGCCUCCAUGUGGACAGCUUAAUCCAACCAAUGACACUGUCUAUGAAAUUCUUGGAGGAAUAUACCAUGAUAUGUUUGCUUUGUUUGAACCUGACAUAUUCCAUAUGGGUGGAGAUGAGGUGAACUUUGGGUGCUGGAGGUCCUCACCAGAGAUUGUAAAUUGGAUGACGAGUCAUCAUCUUGGGCAGACAGACGAUGACUAUCUGCAGCUGUGGGACAUUUUCCAAAAAAGAGCAUAUACAAAGGUAGUGGAGGCAAAUGGAGGCAAGGAGAUCCCAAUAGUGCUCUGGACAAGUCACCUCACUGCACAGGGAACAGUGGACAAGUAUCUGGACAACAAGACAUAUAUCAUUCAGAUCUGGACAAAAGGAAGUGACAAAGUUAUUGCAGAACUCAUCAACAAAGGUUUCCGUGUCAUCUUCUCCAACUAUGAUGCCUUGUACUUUGACUGUGGGUUUGGUGCUUGGAUCAGUGAAGGCAACAACUGGUGCUCACCUUACAUUGGCUGGCAGAAGGUGUACAUGAACAAUCCAUACACUAUGCUCACAGAUUUGGGGGUCGAUAUCAGUCCAGGUACAGAGGCACGGGAGCUUGUUCUGGGAGCUGAAGCAGCUCUUUGGUCAGAACAGGUUGAUGAGAGCUCUGUGGAUGGACGCUUCUGGCCCCGUGCAGCUGCCAUGGCUGAACGGCUUUGGAGUAAUCCAGAUGAGGGGUGGCAAAAGGCAGAAUAUCGCAUGCUUGCUCAUCGAGAGCGCCUGGUACGACAAGGAAUUCAGGCAGAAGCCCUAGAACCACAAUGGUGUUACCAGAAUGAAGGCUCAUGCCCAGAGUAACUAAUGUGUUAAUCAUCUGUUAUAGCUAUAAUUCUGAAACAGCCAUUAUUAAAUUUGGUAGUCAGAAUCA